AUGGAGUUAGGCUGUCUAAAAAAAGAUGCAGUUAAAGAGCUUUGAGUACAAUGUCUUAAACAAGAAAAUGUCAGUCCCAUUAUAACCUCUCAAAACCAAACACACACACACACACAUACAAUCUAUUCUUCUCUGGCAUAUAAUGGUGGUCUGAGCAAGCUUUUUCCAGUAAAUAUAAUGGGGAAAACAAGCAAGUGGAUUCGGAAUUUCUUAACCGGAAAGAAAGAGAGAGCAAAGGAAAAGAUUAAUCAAAGCGAGUGUGGAUUCACUUCGACGAUUCCAGGCACUCCUAAGGAGAAACGUCGAUGGAGUUUUAGACGUUCUUCUGCCACUGGACCACCAGCUUGUGCGUUUACCCUCAAAGAUUCAUCUCCACCGCCUCAACCGCCACCGCCACCGCCACCACAACCAUUUGUCCUCGCAAUCGUGGAACGUGAAGAUGAGGAGAGCAAGAGCGGCUCAACCGCAACGGUGGCUGUUGAAGAAUUUGCAGCAGUGAAGAUUCAAGCUUGCUUUCGUUCUCAUUUGGCGAGGAAAGCAUUAAGAGCGUUAAAAGGUUUAGUGAAAUUACAAGCACUUGUGAGAGGUCAUUUAGUGAGGAAACAAGCAACAGCUACACUUCGAUGUAUGCAAGCAUUGAUCACACUUCAGGCCAAAGCUCGAGAACAGAGGAUUCGUAUGAUUGGAGAUUCAACAACAACAAAACCCACAAAUCCAAGAACGUCAAUUCAUAAAACCCGGAUCAAUAACAUUUACCACGAAAGUGAAGAAAACAUCAAGAUUGUGGAAAUGGACACUCAAUCUAAAAUGUACUCUCCGGCUGCUUCUGCUAUGACCGAGAUGAGCCCACGAGCGUAUAGUAGCCAUUUCGAGGAUUGUAACUCUUUCAACACAGCACAAAGCAGUCCUCAGUGGUUCAGAUUCCAAGAGUAUUGCAAUGGAAAUUCUUUGGCUUCUUAUGAAUACCCUCUCUUCCCAAACUACAUGGCUAAUACUCAGUCUUCUAAAGCCAAGGCUCGGUCUCAGAGUGCGCCGAAGCAGAGACCUCCUGAGAUCUAUGAGAAGCAAACUAGCGGGAGGAGAAGAUCUUCCAUGGAAGCACCGAGGAAUGGUGUCCCUAGAGCUGUACGGAUGCAGAGAUCUUCAUCUCAAUUAGGAAAGGAAAGUCAACAACAACAACAACAACAUCACCAUCAUCAGUAUUAUCCGUGGAUGGCGAUUAAGCUCGAUAGAUCUAACAUUUCACUUAUGGAAAGCGAAUGCGGAUCUACCAGUACGGUUAUGACCAACACCAACUAUGGAAGACAUGUUGAUGUCCAUGGGAACAACAUGUACUGAAAAGUGUGAUUUAGACAAGUAAAGUGAUUUAAGAGAAUGAUGGAUAAAGUACUCAAGCCUAGAAACCAAAGAUGGAUAUGGUUUGUAGGAGUUCUUUAAGAUGAUGAAGAUUCAACAAAGAACAAAUCCCUAAAUGUAAAGCAAUACUCUAGUAGAAGAGAUAUCUCUGCUUAAUCUUUGGCCCUUCUUCCAUUUUGUCUUUAUCAUUCGGCGUUAACAUUAUGAUAUUUUUGGAUAAUUUGAUAGUGUUUAUAAGAUCCAUGUUACAUUGUUAAUAUGUUGUUCAUCUCUUAGGGCGGCGCUGAAACCAAGGCCAGCACCGAAGCAAUGUAUA